UGAGAGUUUUCUUGAUUUCUCUAAAUCUGGAUUUAUGGAAUAUCGUUGAAAACGGUUUUCAACUUCCCUCUAAACCGAUGAACGAAUGGUUGGAUUUAGAGAAGAAGUAUUUUUCUUUAAAUGCAAAGGCUAUGAAUGCCUUAUUUUGCGCUUUGGACAAAAAUGAGUUCAAUCGGGUUUCUUUGUGCGACACGGCUUUUGCUAUUUGGCGCACUCUUGAAAUCACGCACGAGGGAACUAGUAGAGUCAAAGACUCGAAAGUUAAUAUUUUACUGCAUGAUUUCGAGCUUUUUCAUAUGAAACCAAGUGAAAUCGUUGUUGACAUGUACACCCGUUUUACGGAUGUCGUCAAUGGUUUAAAAUCACUUGGUAAAAGCUUUUCGGAUUUUGAACUCGUUAACAAAGUUUUGCGCUCACUUUCUAAAACUUGGGAUUCAAAAGUAACUACUAUUCAAGAAUCGAAAAACUUGAACCAAUUUCCACUUGAAGAACUAAUUGGUUCAUUGAUCACAUAUGAAAUGACGUGCAAUGCACGUGAAGAACUUGAGAACCACCUUCCAAAGAACAGGAAGGAUUUGGGACAUAGAACAUUUGAAGACCACUCGAGCAUAAGCUCAAGUGAUGGUGAACUUAAACUACAAAUGAAACAAAAAUUAAAAAGUAAAAAGAACGGAACUACUUGCUUUGAACGCAAGAAGAAGAACAAAAAUUGGGAUAAAUCGAGCUCCUCCAAAGACGAGGAGAAAAUCAACAAAGGCGAGGUGGCAAACUACGCUUUUACGCCUUUCGACGCUGAGUUAGCAACUGUGUGGAAGCACUCUUUCAAAGGUGGCGGGUGGCGACCCUGUAUACACACAUCUAAUGAUGCUUUGCCUGAUUCAAAUGGCUACAUAUAUGUUGAGGCAAAUGGUGGCUUGAAUCAACAGAGGACUUCUAUAUGCAAUGCGGUUGCGGUAGCAGGAUAUCUGAAUGCAACACUUGUUAUUCCUUAUUUCCACUAUCACAGCAUUUGGAGAGAUCCUAGCAAAUUCAAUGACAUCUACGAUGAGGAUCACUUCGUCAAUACUUUGAAAAGUGAGGUGCAGGUAGUUCAUCAGGUUCCUGAAUAUAUAAUGGAGCGAUUUGGUCACAACUUGAGCAAUGUGUUUAACUUCAAGAUAAAAGCUUGGUCCUCUAUUCAGUACUAUAAGGAUGCUGUUCUUCCUAAGUUGGUAGAGGAAAAGUUUAUCAGGAUAUCUCCUUUUGCAAAUCGGUUGUCAUUUGAUGCCCCUUCCACGGUACAGCGCCUAAGAUGCUUGGCAAAUUUUGAAGCAUUACAGUUUUCAAAUCCUAUAGCAACUUUGGCUGAAAACUUGGUUUCUCGAAUGAAAGAGCACAGUAAAGAUAAUGAUGGGAAAUAUAUUGCAGUGCAUCUUCGUUUUGAAGAGGAUAUGGUUGCCUUCUCUUGUUGUGUAUUUGAUGGUGGUGAAGAAGAGAAACAGGAGAUGAAUGCUGCAAGAGAGAGAGGUUGGAGAGGAAAAUUCACUAAACGUGGUCGUGUCAUUCGACCUGGGACAAUUAGGAUAAAUGGAAAAUGUCCGUUAACACCUUUAGAGGUUGGUUUGAUGCUCCGCGGCAUGGGCUUCGGUAACAAUACUGCAAUUUAUUUGGCUUCUGGAAAAAUUUACAAAGCCGAGAAGACUAUGGUUCCGCUUCUUGAAAUGUUCCCCCUUCUACAAACUAAAGAAACAUUAGCAUCAACAGAGGAACUUGCUCCAUUCAAGAACUAUUCCUCCAGGAUGGCUGCAAUAGACUACAGCGUGUGCCUUCACAGUGAAGUAUUUGUGACUACUCAAGGUGGAAACUUCCCUCAUUUUCUGAUUGGCCACAGGAGAUACUUGUAUGGUGGGCACUCUAAGACUAUCAAACCUGACAAGAGGAAGCUAGCAUUAUUGUUUGACAAUCCAAAUAUAGGAUGGAAGUCCUUGAAGCGGCAAUUACUAAAUAUGCGAGCUCACAGUGAUGCGAAGGGAAUGGAGAUGAAAAGACCAAGUGACUCAUUAUACACAUUCCCGUGCCCUGACUGCAUGUGCCGCUUAAACAAAACAGAAGUUUCAAAGUCUUCCUCGGCUCGAUAGUAUCGGUUCAGGAAAUUUUGGCUAAACAUUUGAAAUGAUUCACCUGAUAUUGAAAUUGGUGCAUCAUCCAUUCUUUCAUUGGAUUCUUAAGAAAGCACAACGUCAUUCCAAGUUGGCAGCCUCCAUUAUUUUGAGCGCGUAGUUGCUAAUCUUUACAGCCUGGGAUUACUAGAUUUUGUAUAGUUGAUUUGUUGAUUGAAGGGAACCUCGUCAUUGUUUCCCGGGCGCUGACUGACACUUGGACUUGCAUCCACAACCUCUGGUACCGAAGCCUGGAAGCCGUAUUGGUGCUCAGCGUCAGCAGAGGCUUGUACAUUACUCGAAUUCUUAUUCACUUAAUAUGCAAAUAUUUGCAUAGAGGGCAAAUCUGGAGUCAUCCAACAUGUGGGACAGCAAAACCUUUUGUCUUUCUCUGUUGUAGCUUGAUCUUAUUCUUUGAACACUUGGAUGUCAUCCUUGUUUUGUCUAGCUUUAGGAUACUCACCUCACGUGGAGGAGGAGGUAAGAAGAAAAAUCACUGUAUGGGCAUGUGAGGUUAUUCAAAGUUUUCCUCAUUGUUUUCA